AUGCCGUUCAUCGUCGCUAACACCUUUCUCUUUACCCCGGAGCUCCCCACAGUUUUGCCUCAAGACGAUGUCGCUGCCAUUGGGGAAGCCAUUCGUCAGGGUCUCAUUGACGCGGUCAACAGCGGACAAAAUGCGAGUUUGUCCAUUCACAUUCACCCAAACCGUUUCAUUUCAACUGGAGGCCUCACAUUCUUGAUGAAUGUGGAGGGCAGAAUUGUGUCGCAGUCCAUGCGCCACCUGGAGUUAGUUUCGCAUCAAGGAGGACGCAGCGUCCAUGUCGAUUUUGUUGGUGGUGGAUCUCUUUUUGCUGUCGCUCAUAAUAUUGAUGAUGAGGCUCUAGCUCCGGAUGAAGGUGGAGAAGGCAAUGAUGGUGAUGGUGAUGGAUAA